GCCCUCUUGGUGCGGAAGUGUUGUCCUCAGGAGCAGCAGCAGAGCCUGAGCUGCCACUGUUUGGAGCCACACUACGCUAGCUCAGUGGCAGGUUUUCGUACGUCCGUGUCUCUCCUGUUGGGACUUGUCAGCGCUCGUCUUGUCCGCGCAUCAUAGCAGUAUUAUGCGAGCGCCGUCCGGAGUGUGGGAGCACCGUGUGAAGUGAGUUUUCUUGAAUCAUCUAUAUGGGCCAUCUUCUCUCGAAAAAUGGUUACCGCCUGAAGAAGAGGACACGCAAGUUGCAUCACAGGAAGAAGAAGAAGAGGAACUGUUUCUUGCAGCUGCCUUGCAUGCUGUGCUUCAUUGUCCACGGCAACAGCAGCGGUAUUGACGACGACAGCGACCAUUUGGAGACCGGUGUCAACGGUAGCGUGUGUCGUCACAACAGCAUCACCGGAAUCAGUGUUCCUGGUGUGGGUGGAGUUGGCAUCGGAGCAGCAGCUGCCUCGAAGCUAGCUGAGCGAUACGCAACACUCGCAUCUCCUGAGGAUUGCUCCAGGUUGUUGUUGUCACCCCGGGAGCUGGCUAUCUGGGAGGGCCAAGGGAAGAGCCUUUUAUCAGCCGUUCCUGCCAAACUUAUUCCUCCACCGGCACUUUUCCGAACCGCUGGGGUGUCUGUGACCGUACCCAUACCUUUGCCUGUGCCUAGCUGCACGAGCGACUACACUGAGAUGGUGUGUAAGAGGAAGUGCUCAGAGGUGCAGAGGUGCACCCCCUGCAAGCAGCCACGCUGCGCCUUCGCUGCCCCUGACGGAGGGCUGGAGAACGGAGGAGUGGGAGGAGGUGGGGGAGAGGCCGCCUCGAAUUCCGAAACUGGCCACUGCCACCUUCCCCUCUGUCCGCUUCCUUCCUCCUCCGCUUCUUCUUCCUCUGCCUCCUCCUCUACCUCCUCACCUGCUGAUGGCUGCUGCGGGUUGGGUCUUCAUGCUGAUUUGCCCCACAGUUCAGACUCGUCCCCCUGCUGCCUGCAUCAUUAUGACGACUGCCAGGCGAGAAGUUCUGAUGCUGCUGAUAACUUAAGUAUCAACCACCUGCCUUCCUCCAUCCUUCUAAAGGUGCUCUCCCACUUGACCGUGAAGGAACGCUGUCUGUGUGCCUCUCUGGUUUGUAAGUACUGGAGGGACCUCUGCUUGGACUUCCAGUUCUGGAAGCAAAUCGACCUCAGUGGCCUACAACAAGUAAACGAUGAUCUCCUGGUGAAAAUAGCCUCUCGCAGGCAGAAUGUGACAGAGAUUAACAUCUCUGAUUGCCGAGGGGUCUAUGACCAUGGUGUGUCAUCCCUGGCCUCACACUGUCCAGGCCUGCAGAAGUACACUGCAUACCGCUGUAAGCAGCUUGGUGACAUGUCCCUGUCGGCCUUGGCUACACACUGCCCUCUGCUGGUGAAGGUGCAUGUGGGCAACCAGGACAAACUAACGGAUGAAGCACUAAAAAAGAUGGGAGAGCACUGCAGUGAGCUAAAGGACAUCCACUUGGGUCAGUGCUACAGUAUCACAGACGAGGGCAUGGUGGCCUUGGCUAGAGGAUGCCGUAAACUGCAGAGACUCUACUUGCAAGAGAACAAGCUGAAGACCCAGGUACAGAAGAAAGGGACAGACUACUUUCAACCACCACUAGAUGUCACUGUUUUCCAAUGUCUGACAACAGCCUGCCAGCUGCUGUCUUUUUGUAGGCCACAGCUUGUUGAUACUAAUGCUGAGUUGUGCACUUCUCCACCAAAUCACAACCGCAUAAUGAGCAUAUCCUCUUUUACUGUGUCUGUCAUUUAGUAUUGGAUUCUGAUACAGAAAGAGACCAUACAUAGUCAUUUGGCAUGUCUGUUUCUCACCCCCUUUAUUAAGAUCUUCUUUUUUCUCACUAAUGCUGUUGCACUUUUCUCUGCUAAUGUUUCUUUGCCGCGCAUGAGUAAUGAUGACCUUGAUGAAUUAGUCCGCUUUAAGUUGUUAACAAUAGCUCAGUUUGUUAAAACCCCAUUCAUCAACUUAAUAGUAUAUGAAAUUAGCGAUUACCACAAGGUGAGAGAUUAAUAUUGCUGUUGAUGAACAUUUCAGUGCCGCAGUAUCAAUUUCAGAUGCUCAUUUUUCAGACGUGAGAUCGUUGCAGUUAUUUUAGCUUCCUGUCAGUAGGGUGGAGAGAAAUGGGCUGAGCUUAUAUGGGAAUUGUUAUGUCUAGGUGCUCUGGUUGCCUGGCCUAAAAUUGUCAUUAAGUUUGCCAGGAAUUAAGACGACCCAGAAACACUUACAUAUUUCCACAGAGGCCAUUUAUUCUCUCUGACAGCUUUAAAGUAUACCUAAGGUUCUCUCCUCCAUCUUCUCAGGAAAAAGAAACAGAUUUUGUUGCGUUGUGGGAAAAUGGUUGUAGUUACAGUCUCAGAAUGAAUUUUGGUGACUAUGUUGUUGUAUGCAUGAACGCUUAUAGAUAUUUUGUCAUGUUUUGUCUUUUGUAUGUUCAAUUAUGCAUGCUCUCGGCUUUAUGAAGAAUUUAAAAGGUGACUCAACCAUUUGUACUUUGAGGAUCUUAUUUCACCCAGGGUCAGCUGUUUAUAGACCAACUAAAAGGGUUUGAAGCAGUGUGGGAAAAAAGGCUUUUCUGAAAGGUUUAUGCAAAAAUUGAAAGGUUGAACACUUCAGGGACCAUCGUGUGGGCUGAACCUUUGUUCUUUACAUGAAUUGAUCCAGGAAACGGCAUUGAGAUGGGCUCUUUGGUUUUUAGUGCGCUAUAAAUCGCAGUCAUGGGACACCAUAGUGAAAGCCUCUCCUCUCGUUUUCUCUCCUCUCCUCUCUGCUGGCCUUUGUGGGACAAGGAUCCUGUCUCUGUCUCUCCUAAUCAAUCACAGAUGAGGAUGAGCCGUUCACUUACUCUGAUCUGCCCUCUCUUUCUCCUCCUCCUCCAAAAUUGAAUAAUUGAAUUGCUACAGGAUGUUUCUGUGUGGUCUUUCACUCGCCGUCUGCCUUUUUCUUUGUCAUGUGCACACCCACAUACUGUAAUUUAUUUUUUUUCUUUCUUUCCCUAUUUAUUGUCGUGUUUGUGGUUUCAGUUCCAUGCUGCAGGGUCUUUUCUCUCCGUUAAGACCAUGUCUAGCUCUGUAGAUGGUUAAAUAGGAUUAGGGAAAGCUUUUGUGGCCUUAAGAACUUAUUUAAUCAGCACUAGCACUAACAAUAUUAGUAGUAAUUCUGCUAAUGGUGCUCUGUUUUUUUUUUGUUUAUAAGCAUCCUACACAUUUAAACCACAAAACUCUAAAUCUCGGAUGUUAGUUUACUGAUGCCACGUUUAGGGAGGUUUUAGAGACUUUGGAAAUAUGUUUUGCCAUAAUGCAAAAAUGCAAUGUGCACUUGUGAAAUUUCUCACUGUUCCUUUAAUUGCAAAAGACAGAGUUAAAGGAUGUUUAAAAUAUAUUCUUGUCAUGAUUAUCAUACUGAAGGGCACACCUGUUAUUCUUUUAAUAAAUGACAGUUGAAAGUUUCUAAUGCAGUGCUGAGGAUGUCUGUAGCAGUGACUAGUGUCUCCAAAUGUUGUUUACAGUUGACAAACUGACGCUUAUUCUUCCAUUGCUUGUUAGCCCAGGGACAAAUCAGCCCAGGGCUACAGAUAACCCUGGGCUAAGAGCGUGUUUUGUGAAAAGCAGGUGACUCUGGUGUCUCCGCUCCUUUUGACAUCUAACCUGCAUUCUUUAUUGCUGUUCAUCCAGUAUUUAUGCCAGAGUUGGUUAUAUUGCACCAGUUGCCUUUCAAGGCUUCUUUUCAUCUUCUGAAGUGUUUUAUUCUCUCCCCCCAUUCAUAUUCUGUUCUCUUCCACCACCUCGAAGGGCAAAGGCUCUGAGAAUAGCAAAUUCCCCUUUUCCUCAUCUCACUUCAAUUUGCCGUAGGGGGGAGAGGCAGCCCUGAAAGUUAAACUCUGAGUACUGUCAGUUUCAUAGACCAACUGGUGGACGAACUAUAAGCUGCAAAAACCUCUUGUCAGUCAUCUUUCUAUGUCGGUAACUUUGCUCCGAUGCUCCUUUCAAUUAAUAGCACAUCGUAAUCUGCAAACAUUUUUGCUGGGAAAGCACUUUUCUGCUCUUUUCCGCUUUCUUAAAAAAAAAAAAACUUUAUCUGCUCUCCUGUCUUGUAAAAAUCAAAGCGUGUGCACUUAAUUUUCCUUCAGUGUGAUGGCAAGAUUCUUCCACUGGCUCAUCUUGUGUCUGCCUACACACACACUCUCCCCCACACAUACCCACAGGCUCUGAUUAUUUACACUUUUUAAUUAGUGCAAAAUGUGGAAAUGUAAGUGGAAUUGGAGAUGACCUAACAUAGAUUACCAUGUGCCCUCAAUUUAGGUGUAAUUACCACUCUGCAUGUACAAUCAGAGCUUCCCUCCUGUGCUUUCACCACGUUUUCCAGCUCUCUCACUCGGGCGUUUUGGGAUGUGUUUGUCUGUGGAACAACGUAAAACACUGGAAAAGACGAACUGUCAGGGUAAAUGGCCAUCGUCAUGUGAGGAAGGCCUCUCUGAUUGGCUGUCUGUCUAGCUUGUAAGUAGUCUGGUUUUUGCUGGCAGGGGGAAUGACAGUGAGGCUCCACCGGUCCAAUCAAACGUAAUCGCAGAUUAAAUUGUAUAUUGACAUUAGCAGAUUUAAUUAGCCAGAUUAGAGGGAGAGGAAGGACAAAGGAAGUGAUAAUGAUAUAUGUCAGUUAUUAUAGGAUAGACCUUUUAACUUGAACGCAUGCAGGGCAUAGCUAAAAAACACUCGAAGCGACACACACAUGGGAGCGAAUGAAUUGAAUAGCUGCCAGCUGCACUGGAAUCUCCUCUGGAAACUUUGUUCACGUAUUUGACUGUAAUUAGAGAUAAAUAGAACCACUCUUGACCAACACGCACGCACGCACGCACGCACACACACACACACACACACACACACACACACACACACACACACACACACACACACACACACACACACAAAAUAUACUGUCCGUCUCCUCUUCAAGAUCUCUGCAAUCCCCUCCAGUCUUCAUAGACAGGAGUUUAGACUUUUCAGGAUGUUGAAUGUCAGAUGUUGUAUGAUGUAUUUAGUCAGUUUAACUGCUAAUGGCGCUGGAUUAUGUCUGGUGAGGUAAAAGCUCUGCCCCCAUCCAGAAUUUCCAUGCUUUCAUGUCAUCAAGAAGUCUCUUUAGUUUGCUCUUUUUGUCUUUUGCUCUCUUUGUCUCUGUGGAUUUGGAAGGUAGCCAUAUGUAAGUAGGGUGAAGAUGGAACUUACCCGUGGAGAGACGGGGAUGUCUGUUAAUAAAUUGUCCUAAAUCCCCA